AUGUCCUGCUUCGAUCUGUGCCGUCCCUGCGGGCCUACCCCGCUUGCCAACAGCUGCAACGAGCCCUGCGUCAGGCAGUGCCAGGACUCCCGGGUGGUGAUCCAGCCCUCUCCCGUGGUGGUGACCCUGCCCGGCCCCAUCCUCAGCUCCUUCCCGCAGAACACCGCCGUGGGAUCCUCCACCUCCGCUGCCGUUGGCAGCAUCCUCAGCGAGGAGGGAGUCCCCAUCUCCUCCGGGAGCUUUGGCCUCUCCGGCUUGGGCAGCCGGUACUUUGGAAGAAGGUCCCUGCCCUGCUAA